AUGGUUAUAUUUGGUCCUUCUGAUGAGCCUUGGCCAAGCUACUACAUAUCCAGCACGGACCAGCCCGGCGGCGAUGCGACUCCCAAGACGGGUACUCGUGAGGCAAGCGUUGAUACUUCCGACCAUCUUGACUCGUUCGAUGAGGUACUCAAGAAUCCAGUUGCGAUUAAAGACCGCGCCGUUACAGAGCUGGUUACCACCAUGGAUAGAGAUACGCCUGGGCCUACUGGCCUUCCCUCUUCUAGCGAGUGCAAGAAGAAGUCACGCUUCGAGAUGAAGAAGUCUAAGUGA